GAGGCGUCUUUAUGAAGCGGGCAUGGCAAGGCUGCGUUCUGAUUGGCUGCCUUGCCAGGGGCAGUGCGGGAUCCGACCACGCCACGUGGGGUCGCUAAGCUGUUGGCGGUUGAAUAGGCGCGCAAACUCGCUUUAGAACGUACUUAGAAGCUCGGUGUGUACGGCCGGAUCGAACUUGGCAGGCCGGCGGCGGCGGAAGAGGUCUGGCUUGGAGGCGGAACAAGUGUCUCGCUUCCGGUAAUGCGUGUAUCCGGACAAGCCCCGACUGAGCCGAUAUGGGAGCCGUCGCGGCAGCUGCCACGUCUCCCGCUUCCCGACGUUUGAACCUCGCUCGGCAACUUGGCCAGUGAACUAUCGUCACCGGAUCUAACGAGGAGCCUGCGGAAGUCGGAUCUCGGCAGCCGCCAUGGUCGGAACCCGGCGCCUUCUCCUCGUGGCAGCGAUGGCCUACGUGUUGCUGCAGACGCAAGUUUUGGCAGGGAGUGCGGACGUCGACAGCGCCAUCCAGAAAGCGUCAUCGGGCGACGGCAAAGUCGGCAGGGUCGACCCUCCGGGAACCACUGGGAAGCCCGUCGGGAGCAACAACACCGUGCCAGUCCCGACCGCUGCAAACCAGAGUCUGGCAGCGGCGGGCAACGGAAGUAACGGGACUCGGGCGACUACGCCCUCCCCGCCUACAAGGGGGCCUGGAGACGCUGUCUUGCACUUCGGCGAGGAUCACGACGCCGUCGACAGAACUCCCAAGACUCGACAUUAUUUCUUCUCAUCCUGGUUAACAUGGAAGGAGGACAACUACCUGAUGAGCAUCCUGAUCCCCAUCGCCUGCGGCAUGACAGCGGCGUUGCUCAUCCUCUGCUCGCUGGCCUGCAUCGGCUGCUGCCGCAGGAGGUGCCGGGCGCGCUCCAGGCGCAAGCUCCACCGGAACAUAGACCCCAAAAGCAUCCGCAAGCUGAAGACUGCCGACCGCAUCAAGCUUCUGGCCGCCAGCUCGGACGAAGAAUUCUAGUUCGCGCACUGCGGGCACUGCCGAGCCUCAGCGCGGUCCUGGAAUUAGUACUAACGCCCAGAGUCAUUAUGGAAGCCCCUUGCCAAGUGAGCGGGGGAAUGGAUGAGGACCUCUAGUCAAACCAACUCACGCUUACCCCCAAUAACACAGUCCCUGUUUCACCUUUUUCUCAUCACCGGUACAUGCUAUCCCUCCUUCACAUUAAUUCAUUCUCUCGCAAACCGUCGAUGGUGCUGGCUAUACUCUCCUCUUCCAAUCACUUAUGAUUUGUGGCUUACAAAGUAAACAGACGUCUACGUU